GGCCGCAUCACGCGGGGCGCAGCGCGGAUCCGUGCGCGGGGUUGCUAAGGGUGAAAGUUUGCCGUGAGUUGGCUCACUCGGGGCCAGGGCGCGGGCGGCUCCGGGCCGAGGCGAGCCCAGGCCAGGCCGGCAGCAGGGCAGCGGCAGCAGCACAGGGCAGCGGGACCCGCACCUCACCUCAGCGCCUCGGCCCCGCUGCAGGGAGGACCCCGCCCCGCAGAGGAGAAGCUCAGCACAGCGCAGCGCGGCGAGGAGGCGAGGCACGGGGCAGGGACCCCCGCACGCAGCCCCCACAGAGCCGAGGACGAAGUCUGCUCGGAGCCAAGCCCCGUCUAUGUGUGUGUGUCACCUCGGCUCUUUCAAUACGCUGCCCUGACUUGCUUGCUGCGAAGGGAGUAUGCAUCUGGAGAUUAAAGUUGCUCUGAACUUCAUCAUCUCAUACCUGUACAACAAGCUGCCUCGGCGGCGGGCGGACCUGUUCGGCGAGGAGCUCGAGCGCCUGCUGAAGAAGAAAUAUGAGGGGCACUGGUACCCGGAGAAGCCUCUGAAGGGCUCGGGCUAUCGCUGCGUCCACAUCGGGGAGACGGUGGACCCGGUGGUGGAGCUGGCGGCCAAGCGCAGCGGGCUGGCGGUGGAGGACGUGCGCGCCAACGUGCCCGAGGAGCUGAGCGUCUGGAUCGACCCCUUCGAGGUGUCCUACCAGAUCGGCGAGAAGGGCUCCGUCAAGGUGCUCUACCUGGAUGACAGCGAGGGCUGCCAAGCCGCCGAGCUGGACAAAGAAAUCAAGAGCAGCUUCAACCCCGACGCCCAGGUGUUCGUCCCCAUCGGCAGCCAGGACAACUCGCUGUCCAACUCCCCGUCCCCCUCCUUCGGCCAGUCGCCCAGCCCCACCUUCAUCCCGCGCUCUGCCCAGCCCAUCACCUUCACCACCGCCACCUUCGCCGCCACCAAAUUCGGCUCCACCAAGAUGAAGAAGGGCGGAGGGGCCGGCGGCGGAGGGGGCGGCGCGGCGGGGCCCGCGCCGCAGCCCAGGCUGCUCCGCUCGCCCACCACCAACCUGCUGAAGCACAAGGGCCUCUCCCUCUCCAUGCACUCUCUGAACUUCGCCGGCAGCGCGGGGGGCCAGGCCCCGCAGUCGCAGCUCUCCCCCAACGCCAAGGAGUUCGUUUACAGCGGCGGCUCGCCCGGGGCCGCCGGCCUCUUCUUCGAGGGCGAGAGCCAGCCCAGCAGCGUCCCCCCGGCCUCGCAGUUCGGCGCCGGCACGGGCGGCGCCUUCGAUAUGGCUCAGGUGUUCGGCGGCAGCAGCAACAGCCUCUUCCUGGAGAAGUCGCCCUUCGUGGAAGGACUCAGCUACAACCUGAACGCCAUGCAGUACCCCAGCCAGUCCUUCCAGCCCGUCGUCCUGGCCAACUGAACCCCAGGAAGGAGGAGAGUAUUUGGGGCGGGGGCGGGAGGGGGGAAACAACAACGACAACACACACACACACAAUAAAAAGAGGGAGAGCAAACUAGAAGUAUACAGAAAAUACUCAAAUCUUAUAAAUAUAGCUUCUUGGAAAAUGAGAGAGCCCAGUGUUGUUGCGCUGUGCUGGCAACGCUCCUGAAGCACCGACUUGUUUUUUAACUCAGUCCCCGUGCUUUUUUCCUACUCCACUUUUUUUACUCCUCGAACGAGCCCAGGGUUGUUGGGUUCCCGUUCCCCGGUGCCGCUGGCGGGGCGGGCCCUGCCCCGCAGGUCGGGCUCUGCGUGUGGACGGGGAGCUCCGGCUGUGCCCGCGGGCUCAGGGCAUCGCGUUGCUCCGGGCGAGCAGCCCCGUGGGGCACAAACCCCGGGGCGGUGCUGAGCCUUCGCUCCGAGUUCUCGUUGCAGGCUGUGAAUUUUGUCUCUUUUUAUCUCGGAGAGGGGGCUCCUUUCUUUUUUAGGUCGAGAGGCGGCACUGUCGGAGGAGAGGAAGGGCUGUGCUGUGGGUGUUGCUGUCUCAAGCAGUGCUGUAGGAGCCUGUAGGGUCCCGCAGCCCCCGGCACGGGGUGCCUGGUGGGGUUGGGGGUCCUGCAGGACGGAGGCCUCCUUGGAGGCUGUGGUGGGAGUAUGGAGAGGGCAAAGUGAAGAGAGAUGGUGAUGAGACUCCAGUCUUUGAGGUUCCGUGUUUUAAAAGAGAAAUAAGCUCUCUGCUGCCUCCCAAAUCUUGGGUUCGGUUUUCUUUGACCAGUGUCCUUGGAGCACCCUCUGAAACCCACCCCUGUGGCUGCCGAGCCGGCGUGCUCUCCCAGGACGCCCCUGCUCAGGGCAGAGGGGCUCCACCUCGUGUUUUCCCUUCUCCUCGAGCCUCCCCGGAGCCGUGCUGCCAGUGAGCCUCCGCGGAGGCAGCGGGGCUGUCCCGGGGGGGCUGCUGCUCCCCGGGCCCCUUCCAGGAGAGCUUCACCUCGUGGGGUGCCUCGGAGCUAUGACCGGCACGGCGGCUGGGCGAGGGGAGCGGAGCCCGGGCGGCCUCCCCAAAAUGGCCUCCAGAGCUAGGGCAAGGGGCUCGGGGGCAGCCAUGCUGUCGGGUUUUCCUUUCUUAUUUCCUUUUCCCUCGGGUUUUAACCCCCCGCUUGCGGAUGUUACCACUGCCACCCUUCCCUCUCCCCGGGGGCCGCAGCCCCGUGGGACCUGGCUGCCCCCACGUCCCCCCCAGUGUCCCCGAAACGGCGAGCCCCUCGCUGGCAGAGGGCGAGAGGGGAGAGGCGAGGUUCCCCGCCUCCUGCUCGUGCGCGUGAAGCUUCGAUGCCGCUGCCCCGCCUCUCACACCCGCGUUAAAAUCCUAAAAACCAUGCUGCGAGUGGAAGGAGGGAGCAGCCCAACCCCUCCGACCCCGAAAGGAAAAAAGCGUGCUUCAGAAACGUUCCUCCAGCCUCAGGCAGCAAGGGAAACUAACGGCCUUUUCGGGUCUUUUCUAGUCUUGGAUGUAGGCGUUCAGCUUCAAUUUUAUUUUUUAAAACCUGCACUAAUUUACCUGGUUUCUUAGGAAGAGAAGAGAGAAAUUUUUUUUUUUUAACUUUUAUUUUUUAUGGGUUUGUGUUCUUUUUGUUGAUGUCCGUUUGUAUUGAAUAAUUUGCUACAUUUGUAAAAUGUAAGAGGUAUAUAUAAUAUAUGUAUAUUUCUAACGUAAAAAAAAAAAAUUGUAAUUUUUUUCUUUUCAAGAUUUUUUCUUAAAAAGAGGAGAGAAAAAUAUUUUUUCAGGAAAAAAAACUUUAGAAAAAAGCGGUGAAGAGUCCUGUCUCCCCACUCAGCCUCCCUCCUUUCCCUCCCGCCCCUCUCCCAGGAGCAAGCCGCCGGUUGCCUCGUGGAGAGAGCGGGUGAGGGAGGACCACGGGCCCUGCGGGGGGUUUCCGUGUGCCUGGGUGUCUUUCCAAGAAGGGGGCUACUGAGAGGAGGAGCCAGGGGGUUGUUGUCUUUAUUUUUUUUUUCCUUUUUUUUUUUUUUUCUUUAGCGAAGGAGGAAUACAAUCAGAGUUUUGUAUUCAGAAUGUUGUGCAAUAUUUUGGAACGGGACAUUGGUGUGUCUAGAGAUUUAGUUAAAAACAAAACAAAAAAAAACUAAAACAAAAAAAAAACACACAAAAAGGUUGAUCAAAUCUGUACAGUUUCUAUUGUUCCAGAUUUUUUUAAGUUUGUAUUAAAAGCAUGAUAUAAUAA